UUUGUUUUGUUUUUUUUGUUAGCGUUGUUAAAAGCGAGUCUCUGUUCCUUAUUUGACACGUUCUUUUAAAAAUAUUUUUAACCGUCUGCCUCUAAAUCCAACUUACUAUUUAUCUUCUCUUUCUCUCAUAAAGAACAAAAAAAGGAAAAACACACUAUUUUACAAAUGUCUCUGCUUCUCUUCUCUUUUACACACUCUUUUUGGAUUUCUUAAAGCCCUUUUCUUAAAUUUUAGUUGGAAUUUACGAUUUCGUUUUCAAUACCUAGUUUGGCUCUGUUUUUGCUUAGUAGAAAGAAAGAAGACUGUUGUAUGGAUCCGGAAGCCGGGUCCGUGACCUGGGAGUCUCGGCUGAAAUUUUACAAGACUACUUUGUCUCUCGCUUAUCAGAGUUUUGGUGUUGUAUAUGGUGACCUGAGCACUUCACCAAUCUACGUUUACAAAAGCACAUUUUCGGGAAGGUUGAGACUUCAUGAGGAAGAUGAUGAAAUUCUAGGGGUACUGUCUUUGGUUUUCUGGACUUUGACUCUAAUCCCUCUAUGCAAGUAUAUUAUAUUUGUUUUAGGGGCAGAUGAUGAUGGUGAAGGUGGAACCUUUGCUUUAUAUUCAUUGCUUUGCCGGCGUGCAAAGCUGGGUCUUUUGAGUGCUUCUGAUGCACCUGAUGAUGACAUAUCUGCCUACAACUCUGGACUAACCAGGAAGGAGACUGUAGCUAGUUCUAUUUUAAAAAAGUUCCUUGAUAAGCAUCAUAGUUCUCGGCUUGUGUUGCUUCUGGUUGUGCUCCUGGGGACUAGCAUGGUUAUUGGUGAUGGCAUCCUAACCCCAUCUAUGUCUGUUCUUUCUGCAAUCAAUGGCAUCAAAAUUAAGGCUACUGGCCUCUCUGAGACCUAUACUGCAUUGAUUGCAUGUGUGGUUUUGGUGGGGCUGUUCGCACUUCAGCAUUUUGGGACUCGUAGGGUUGGAUUUCUUUUUGCUCCUAUUUUGUUAGCAUGGCUCUUUUGCAUUAGUGUCAUUGGCAUUUACAACAUAAUACACUGGAACCCACAUGUAAUAAGUGCUCUGUCACCAUAUUACACGUAUAAUUUUUUCAAAAAGGCUGGAAGAGAUGGAUGGAGUUCUCUUGGAGGAGUUGUUCUUUGCAUUACAGGUGCAGAGGCCAUGUUUGCUGAUCUUGGUCAUUUUUCACAGCUUUCAAUCCGGAUUGCAUUUACUGUUGUUGUAUACCCCUGCUUAAUUUUGGCAUAUAUGGGAGAGGCUGCCUAUCUCUCCAAGCACAAAGAGGACCUUCAGAGAAGCUUCUAUAAAUCAAUCCCUGAGGUUGUAUUCUGGCCAGUGUUUAUCAUUGCAACCCUUGCAACAGCUGUUGCAAGUCAAGCAAUUAUUUCUGCUACUUUCUCAAUAAUCAGCCAGUGUAGGGCUUUGAAGUGCUUCCCACGUGUCAAGGUGGUACAUACAUCAAAUCACAUACACGGACAGAUCUACAUACCAGAGGUGAAUUGGAUCUUGAUGGUUUUAUGCCUUGCUGUUGUGGCUAGCUAUAGGGAUACUGACACAAUAGGCAAUGCAUAUGGUCUUGCGGUGAUUACUGUAAUGUUGGUUACCACCUGCUUGAUGUUUCUGGUUAUUGUUAUGGUUUGGAAGAGGAAUAUUUUGGGAGCUCUAGCUUUUCUUGUUGUUUUCGGAUCUCUGGAGUUCUUUUACUUCUCUGCAUGCCUUGCAAAAGUUCCUAAAGGGGGUUGGUUCCCUCUGAUUUUCUCCCUAAUAGUUCUGUCUACGAUGUGCGUAUGGCACUAUGGGACUCUAAAGAAACAGGCUUAUGAGUCGCACAACAGGGUUUGCUUGGACAUGCUUCUAAGAGUGGGCCCAAACCUUGGAAUAAAUCGUGUUCCUGGAAUUGGACUAAUCUACUCAAAUGUGGCCACGGGGGUUCCACCAAUGUUUGCCCAUUUUGUCACAAACUUUCCUGCCUUUCAUCGUAUCCUUAUAUUUGUUACUCUUCAAACUCUUACAGUUCCAAAAGUUCCUGCCAAUCAGCGAUUUGUUAUCAGUCGCAUUGGCCCACCAGAGUUCUGUCUCUUUCAAUGUGUUGUUAGAUACGGUUACAAGGAUCAAAGGAAGGAUAGUCAUGAUUUUGAGAGUCAUCUGGUUGAAACCAUGGCAGAUUUUUUACAGUGUUGCAGUGAUGAUGGUGAACUUCGAGUCUUUGAACGGGAAUUUGCCCUGAAUCAGCAGCAAUCGAGUCCACCAGAGGAUGUAGCUGCUUUGAUGCUUGAGAAUGUAGUCAGUACUGGAUCUAGCAAGAAAAAAGUGAGAUUUCGCGGUGUUGGGCGUAGCAAGGAAUUGGAGGAUCUCACAGAGGCAAGGGAAUCUGGUCUGGCAUACAUGAUGGGUAGCACUUGUGUUUUGGCGAGUGAAACAUCUUCCUACUUGAAGAAGUUUGUCAUAAAUGUUUUUUACGGGUUCUUGAGACAGAACUGUAGGCGUCCAGCCACAGCACUUGGGGUUCCACAUACCUCUCUGAUCGAAGUAGGAAUGGUUUAUAGAGUUUAAAUCAUAGCACAAAGUUUUAAAGAAGUUGAUAUUCUUGAGCAGAGACAGGUUGGCAAUUGCGCUUAGCCUUGCUGUCCGGUAUACCAAUUGAUGCAAGCCGCAAAUAGCUAAUAAUCGAACUAACUGCCUGAUUUUUUUUACCACUGCUUCUAAUUAGAUUUUGAAGUUUUUAGGUUUUUCUCACAUAUAAUACAGUUUUACUUUUGGUUUGGAGGUUUUACAGAUUUUAGUCCUUGUAGGAAUACUGAAUACACAAACAUCAGUAUUUUUCAGUGUCAUCCUAUCUCUCUGUGACUCU